CCAGCCUAGCAAGCAGCACUCUCCUCAAAAAACUUCUUUCACCAGCAAUUAAGAGACAAUGAUGCCCUUGAAGACUUUGAUUUUCAUGCUAUUAAUUUCCCCAUGGAUGCUAUGCUCUGCAGCAAAAAAUGAAUACAUGGAAGCAAGAAAACCUAAGAAAGACAUUGUGACCUUUCCUGACUAUGUCGUCCCAGAAGACUCAGACACUGACCCAGCUGCGGUUCCAAAAGCUGAUGAGCUGCCAACAUGCCUACUGUGCGUUUGCCUGACUGGAUCUGUUUACUGUGAGGAGGUGUCCCCUGAAAUGUCAGCCGUCCCACCACUGCCAAAAGAAACAGCCUAUCUCUAUGCACGAUUCAACCAAAUCACCAAAAUAAGCAGCAAAGACUUUGCAGACAUGGACACACUGAAAAGAAUUGACCUGACUGGAAACCUCAUCAGUGAGAUAGAUGACGGAGCUUUUUCAAAACUCCCCAAUCUUGAGGAGCUCACUCUCGCAGAGAACAGACUCACUAAAAUUCCAAUGCUGCCCACCCAGUUGAUAUUAUUCAAUGCCAAUUUCAACAGGCUGAAAACCAGAGGUGUAAAAGCAAAUGCUUUCAAAAAACUCUCAAGAUUGGCAUAUCUCUACCUUGGGGACAAUGAACUGGAGGCAAUACCACAACUUCCAGAGACACUUCACAUUGUGCACCUACACAACAACAACAUCACCACAAUGACAGAUCAGACAUUCUGCAAAGGCAACAGCAGUCACUACAUCCGAUCCAACAUGGAAGAGGUGAGACUGGAUGGGAAUCCUCUCGUGCUGGCUAAACACCCCAACAGCUUCAUCUGCCUGCGGGCUCUCCCGAUCGGAAGAUACGUCUGAGCCAUCUGAAGCAUGCCUUGAGAGAAUUAAAGCACAUUACAGGGAAGCUCUAUAUAAACUCAUUAUGUGUAAGGCAAUGGUGACUGAUUCCAUAAGGUAAAUAAUGUUGUUUUUAUGUUGUUAAGUACUCAGUAAAAGAGCCAUUCAAAGUUUACAUUUAAAUAUAUUUUCAGCAAUGACCUUCAUAUAUUAGUUCCAUAAUCAAUGUGUAGGUAUGUGAAUAUAUUUAGCUUCCUCCAAGGGCAAUAUAGCUUUCAUACAGUUUCUUUAAGCAGUUAAAAAAAAAAAAAACAUACUCAUGGCAUUUGCACAAUGUAACCUAGGCAAAGAAAUAGCCUCUUAGUUUCUUGUCAGUGUUGUUUUUGUCAGUAUUGAAUAAAUAUGUGCAAAACUA